CGUAACGGUUCUGAUUUGGUCAUGGGUUAUUCCAUCAUUGAAAACGAAUAGUCUGUCUGAUGAUUAUAGUCUUCAUGGAAACAUUUUAGAUUUAGACAAACCGCACACCCUUAAAGAGGGUCAACAAAUGACGACACAGUCUCAUACGGAACGAUUGGAUAGUUAUCUAGACAUGAACGUGACAACCGCCAGCCAUUUCAUAUCACCAGAGCUCACAACGGUUACAGUUUUGCCACUUGUGAUUCCUCUAAGAGUUGGUGAUACUUUUAGGGUGAGAAUUCGUCUUUUUUAUACGGAUGGUAAACCAGUGAAUACAGGCGGUGACUACCUCAGAAUAUGGUUAAAAGAUCCAUCGAUUAAAAAUACAAAUGUAAAUGGUCACGUGGUAGACCAUGGGAACGGGACUUAUACUGGAGAGGUUUUGUUACCUUGGAAAGGUUAUCCAGAGGUCUAUAUAUCUAUUGCGAACUCGAGGCAUCACAUAUCGCUCUUCCUGAGUUACUUGGAGAAACAUGGAACGUUGAAUCCGAUGGCGUCCAAAUUUAUAGACUCUACUGGUAAACAUGAGGAAGAAUCUAUGUGCAGUCCAAAACCCGAUGUCGUUCUUCAAGGAUGUGAUUUUGUCAACAGAUGUAACUCAACCUCAUAUAAUUAUGGGUUGCCAUGGUUUUGCUGUAAACCGGAAUCUGAAUUUCUAACAUGUGAUGACAUUAAAACACAAGACAGUUCUAGAAACAGCAAAAUUGGUGAAUUUGCGAUAAACGUGUUUAAAAACCAAAAACAUAUGAAAAUUGGUUCCACGAAAUUAGAAGUCUUGGAAGGUGAGGAUGGUCGUGAGCUUAUGUUCUCCCCUCAAUUAGAAUGCAAGGUUCGUGCCCCGGGUGCCACUUGGCAUGAUAGCGUUCCUACAGGAUAUUAUUAUAAUAAAAUAUGGAUAAAUUUAAAAUGUUUACAUGAGAAAAUGAACUUUGAUAUUUGCUUGAAAGACAAACGAGUUGUAAUAUUGGGAGAUUCUAAUAGUCGAGGAAUUUAUCAGGUGAUGUGUGAACGAACAAAUGCCGUAGAUCUUACAAACCACUACACCAAAGACAAGCCAUGGCAUAAAUUGUUGAUGGCGAAAAACUCUAAGCUGAAUCUAGACUUAAUGUGGGCUCCUCAUAACCCGCCAUUUUAUGUAGGUAGACACCAGAGUUUGGACACAAUGCGGUCAGUUGGAAACUGGCUGGACAGGACACCUCAUGAUAAACCAAUAAUAGUCAUCAUACAUCUGUACUAUCAUCUCACCAGGACGACAUUGUCUGUGUUUCGCGCCCUGGUCAAGGACGCACGUGCUGGUGUUGAUCGUCUGCUCGCAAGAGCUCCAGACUCACAAAUUAUCAUUCAGGGCCCUCAUUCAUUUACAUAUAAAGAUGUUCUGGAACCGAUAGACUACCUCCGGCGAUGCCAUGAAGAAAUUUGGUUCCAAGAAUUCAAUGGAAUUCAUGAUAAAGUCUUUUACGUCGGUCAUUGGGAUCGAACAGCCGGAAUGGCAAACGUUAAUGUGCAUCCCAUUGGUUAUGCUACCAAAGAUUUAGCCAAUGAAAUGCUUUCUUAUAUUUGCGAUUCAUACCUGUCUAAAUGA